CGUAUACAAGCAAUUUUGGUUUCCAUGGAUGCAUAUUGUUUACAACAUAGAGCGAGCGUAGUGCAAUUUUAAUCGUAAAUUAAAGUAGGAACAUCAUGUGGAAGGCAAGAACCAAAUCAUUGGGAAGACUCUUCGGAAUACAGAGUGAGAAACUUGACAGAGUGGGCAAGAAAGCUCGAGGCCACAAGCAGACUCAUCGCUGCCAGGACGACAAGGACGUCAAGGUCGAUAAGGGAAGCCAGUUCGAUCAGGGCGGCGAGUGCACUCCGAAGAACUGCGCUCAGGACAACACCAAAAAAGUUGAACAUUCACGUUCCCGCAAUCCAGUGUUACGUGACUUUGAACCGUUGAAACUAAUAGGAGGAGGCAGUUAUGGCAACAUCUUCCUAGUGAGGAAAAAAUGCGGUGCUGAUGAAAACAAAUUGUACGCCAUGAAGAUAGUGGACAUUAUCAACUUUCUGUCACAAGACAAAAUAAAAUUCCUCGAUACCGAGUGGUUUAUCAGCAAGAUUGUGUGUCACUCCCCUUUCCUGGCCAGAAUCUAUUACUCGUUCUACACAGAAUCGAAGUUUUGCUUUAUACAGGAUUAUUUUCCAGGCGGUGACCUGAGUGUCUAUUUGGAAGACAUGAAGAAACUUCCGGAGAGAGAGGCGCGGUAUUUUCUAGCAGAGAUAAUCAUGGGAAUACAGCACCUUCAUGAGUUGAGAAUUAUCCACCGAGACAUCAAGCCUGCCAACAUACUCUUGUCCAGUGAUGGUCACGUGGUGAUAACGGAUUUCGGAGUAUCCAAAGACCUCUUGUCUAAAGGGAAAAAUGAACUCAACUACACUCUCUGCGGUACCGCGUUUUAUGUGGCUCCAGAGAUAAUCAACAAGAAAGGUCACGGCAUGGAGGUGGAUUGGUGGAGUUUCGGUGUAACUGCGUAUGAAAUGCUAGCCGGGUUAAGGCCCUUCACAAUUUCCGAUGUUGAAGACGAGAGAGAACUCAUACGGAAAAUUUUGAAGGAUGAUCCCGUGUUCCCAGAAAGUUUCUCCACAAAUGCGGUAGACCUAAUCAGAAAACUUCUGAAGAAAAAACCGUCAAAGCGGUUAGGAGAACGGAAGGGCGGCGUGGAGGACAUCAAGAGACAUCCUUUCUUCAAAGGCAUCAAAUGGAAAGAUAUAGGAAAGAAGGCGACGGAGAUGCCGUUCCAUCCACGUCCUGUCGCCGGCGAUUCCAACUUAAUUCAAAAAGCAUUCGACAUCGAGACACUCGUUCAUUCAAAAUACGAGGUAUGCACAUAUAAGCCCUGUACUGAACUGAAUGGAAAAUGAAAUGCACUGCUGAUGUUAGUUUAUUGGGCGAAGACAUAAAUAUUAUAGGCGGAAACACAAGGUCUAUUAAUCUGGCAGAAAAUGCAGAGAGAUCUGAGAAGCAAUAUUUCGUACCUCGUCGCCACACAAGACGACAAAAUCACCAUAUAAAAAUAGUUAACAAGCCCUUUGAAAAUAUUUAAAAUUUAAAAUAUUUGUGAAUGAUUAAAACAAUUUCAUUUA